GGCGAUCUCAGAUCUACACAUCAGUUCACAUGGAAGUUUUCAGACAAAGUAAAUGUCAUAAAUUUCUUGUUUUAAAAAUUUUAUUGUAACAAUAUUGAUUUGAGGAAGAUUUACAGGAUAUAACAACUAAUUUUUAUGAUGGUCGAGCGUCACAUUGUAUCUCCUGAAUAUUGAGAUCUUUUGCCUCUUUUUUAGUAUUUCAACUCGAUUUUAAUUUAAUUUUAUUUUUGUGAGUUCCUGAGCCUUGAUUUUGGAGCCUUUUCAAACAUUGAUUCAUGGCCAAUUGACAGAAUUAUCAAUGACAAACUGCACGAGUACUCUCAUUUCAAAACUCACUGAAACCAUCGAUUAUAUCCUUGGAACCUGCAUGCCAAAGUUACACUUGGAAGAUGAAGAGAGCUUUGAAGCCUCGCGUGGUCCCAAGGAUGAUAAUUACAGAAAAGAAGAGCUUAAGCAAUUGGUUGUCAUGUUUGCAUCCAGAGCACAGAACUACAUUGACUGUGUGAGACUUUCGUUAGAGGAUUCCAAAAGAUAUCAGUCUUUUUAUAGACUAGAUAAUAUGCUUGAAAAAUUUAUUAUAAAGACCAACGAAGUUGUCGAAGAAAUUCCCAUACACAAUAUCAAAUCCGUUUUAAAUUUUGAUCAAAUUCAGUCUCCAGAAUAUCAUGAAUUGACAAAAAGUAAAUUGAUAAGCGAAUUGAGUUUAAACGAGAAGAAUCGCCUAGUGUUGCUUGAGUACCUUGACUCUAGUGGAAAAGAUGGUAAAUUAACCAUAUUAGUUGAAGAAGUGGGAAAUAGCGACCCCUUCAUCACAGUUGUGAGAAUACUUAAAAUGUAUGCAAAUGACAAGAAGAAUAAUAAUUAACGAAAUAAUAUUUUAUAGUUAAUACAA